AUGGCUGAAGUCAAGAAAACUAAAAUUAUGGAAAAUCUUCUGAACCAGACAGACGCAGAAGUAGUAAGGAAGCUUUUCGAAACAGAACUGGCACAGCCGUCUUCUCAGGUUUUCAAGGAAGUCAAGCUACUACAUCGUGCUCUCAACAAAUUAUGGGAAGAAGUGAUGUGCAAUAUCGCGAAGUAUGGCUUCGAACAUGAAAUAACCCUUUUUCUCUGCGAGCGAGAAAAGGUCAAGGCUCGACUCCUUGAUGUCAUGUUGAUAUAUCCACAGAAUCUUCCUGAGAACUGGGGUGGACGUCGGAUGUGUUCUUGGGUGGAAGGUUCUAGCAUCCAGCAAUUGGUCAAGUCUCUGAAGAAAGACGACGUAUCAGCUGUCCCUUCUCCUGUCGCUCAGAGUGUUCCAUCGCAGUGGACCAAACUGAUGAAAGAAAUAGUAGAUGAAAAAUCAAAGAAACCUGAAACCCCAGAACGAGCGGCCCCCGAGAAGCAGAAAGAUAAAGAACUGGAGUCGCUUGGUGAAAGUCACGUAGAGAUAGAAUGA